CAAAAUGUUAAUAUUUUUGUGUCUUCUGUUGGUCCAAGACUUUAUUGUUGGAGAGGCGAAGGUGCUGCCGCGUAUCGUCAAUGGAAAACUGGCCAAGCAAAGACAAUUCCCAUACGUGGUUCAAAUUGAGAUCAAAGACGGAAACAACGAAACCUUUCUGUGCGGUGGCAGCAUUAUAGCCAACGACUGGGUACUCACGGCUGCCCAUUGCACUGAUAAUGCCACGUGGGUGACCCUCUAUUAUGGCUCUAUACAGAAACAAUAUAAUUCAUCCAUGAAGCUAUUGGUGAAAGAUCACGUAUUCCCACAUCCCCAGUACAAAAGAAUCGGAGGAGGUGCUGUCCACGAUAUCGCACUAAUUCGCACGGAGUGGGUAAAGUUCAGUGCUCGCAUUCAAAGCAUCCCUCUGGCAACAGAACCCAAAUAUGGCUAUAAUGGGCCUAGUGACUAUGUGGGUUUUUGCGCUACUACCGCCGGAUGGGGUCAUCUAUAUAACAAUCACCACGGAUCCGAUCGCUUGUUUUAUGCAACGCUGCAGGUCAUCGAUGAAUCCGAAUGCAGAAAUCGAUACGGAAAUUACUUGAAAGGGGUAUUGUGUGCUCAAUCUGACGAUGAACAGUCCGCCUGCUCCGGGGACUCUGGUGGACCGCUGGUACUCAAUGGGGAGUACAAAUUGAUCGGAGUCGUGUCAUCUGGAUCUGAUUCAGGAUGUGAAGAUGGCGAGCCGUUGGUAUUUGCUGAUGUUUCCAGAUACUUGGGCUGGAUUCGCCAUCUCUCUGGUGUAACGCCAUAAUGUCUAAUGAUUCAUUAUCAUAUAUAAAUAUAUAUUUGCUGCACUCUCCCCAUGAGAA